UUCCACCGUUGUGUUAAACGAAGUUUAAAAUUACAUUUUUACAUUAACAAUGUCAUUUUAAUCUCCGUUUAACACAACGGUGGAAUCGACCCUUAGGUAAACCUGUGCGUUGUGCGUUCAGACAACGACUUGUGGGAAAAAACUCAUGGUUCCUGAACAGGAAUUUGUGCCAACUCAACAUGAUACGUAUCGAAUAGGGAGACACCAUAAGAACCGCAGUCUAGCGAUCGACGGACGAAAUGGGUCCAUUAUGCUUCUCGAUUGAUACGUGACAUAUCGGAAGAUGCGAAUCUCGCUGCCCUUCACGAAUUUCGCUACAGCAGUUUCCCUUACUUGUAUGUUCGUCUAGUUAUGGUCCUUUACUUUGAAGGUGUAGUUCUAUACAUUAAUGUUUGGUACAUAUGAACUACUCCUUUACUGAGUUUGCGGAUAAAUUUAAAAAUAAAUUAUUGAUCCAAAUUUAGAUGUUUAUGUUUUGGGUGUAGUGAAAUAGUUUCUUAUAAAAAAUGAUUAUAAAAUUUAUAAUUUUAGGUAUUUUCACAUUAGCAUAUGCAAAAGAUGCUAAUGUACUCAUGACUGAGGUGUUUGCAAUACAAUUAGAUCCUCUAAUGUUUAAUUGGACCUUUGAAGAUUCAAACAAUCAAUUUGUAUACCAAGCAUCAUUAUUAAAUGCUCCAGACUUACCUUCCUGGAUAAAUUAUAUAUACAGUGAACAGCAUCAUUCUGGAUUUCUAUAUGGGGUACCCCCCAAAAUUACAGAAACUAUUCCACUAGAGGUUGUAGCUUUGAAUAAAAGAACUUACGAAACGAGAAUUGAGAAUCUUGAUGUUAUAAUAUCUGAAAAAUUGAAUUCUGCACGUUAUGAAGUUCAUCUUAAAAUAGAUAAUUUGAAUGUAAAAGAUAUGUUUGAUGUGGAUAAAAUGGAGGCAUUAAAAAAUGUUUUUCGUAAAGAGCUAUGGAGAGAUAGUUCAUUCGAUAUAUAUGUCACAUUUCUGAGUUCAGCUAUUGAACUGGGAGCUAGAAAGCCUCUAAAUCCGGAUGAAGGAGAAGGAGUUGUUAUAAGGCUUGGUAGUGAAUUUCCAUUCUCUGCAGAAUUGCUAGAACUUCAAGAAGAAGUCAGGCCUCUCUGGAAGGUUCCUGCUUGUCCAAGAGAUUUUAAAAGAACUUCAGUCGAAAGAUUCUUUAGAGAAGCUGGAUUUGCUUUGGAUUGGUGUUCUUUUAGAUUGGUUGAUAAUAAUAAUUCUGCAAUGCACCACACGAAUGGCAAUUUAGUAAUGGAGGAACAAGAACAUCAUUAUGAGUCAAAUGAUAUUUGGCAUUCCAUAUCUAAAGAAGAUGUGCCACGACGAAGUUAUAUGCAUGAACUAUUGGUGUCAUUUUUGGUACCUGUAAUAAUAUUGAUAAUAUUAGGAUUACUAUUGUCAUUUUUAUUGUGUUUUGAAAGUGAGGAUAUAGAUGAUGAAGAUGAAAAGUACUUUUUUAACUUGUUUCACAUUUGCACCGAUUAUUACUAUGAACAUUAUAUAUACAAAAGAGCCAGCCAGAUAGAUGACAUGUCCCCAGAUCAGAUAAACCAUGCAGAAACUAUCCACAGACCAGUGGAAAACAUACGUACCUACAACAGGGACAUGACUCUUUCUCCGGAUCUUUGUAGCCAUUCAAACAGCCCCAAUUCUACCAUAAACAGAGGAUUGCAUUGUAGACCAAGUCCUCCUCCAUAUAUAAGACCUAAAUAUAAGCCAGAUUUGUGACAGGACAAUGAGGACAGUGAUGAGAAAACUUGGUACUGUUGAAAAUGUUUACCAGUUUAUCCAGAAUUAUUUCUGAUAGAAGAGAAAGAAGCUGUAAAAGAAUACUCUUCAGUUGAAUAAUUUGCAGGUUUUAGAGAAACGCGAUAGUUGUUUAAUAUUUUUUUGUGAGAAUAGGAUGUUCUUUUACAAUAAAUAUUUUGUUUUUUGGAAAGUAGUUGACAAUAAAAUUACUGACCAUGUAGAAUAUGUCUUAAAAAUGGGUAUAUUAUAACAUGUAGCGCUUAUUAGAAAUUUAAAAAAAUAAAUGUAUAAAAUGUAA